UGUUGUGCAGGAACAAUGAAGGACAUCUUUGCGAGGGGAGCGCAUGGAAUUUCGUUGACGGAGGGAACCUUCCCGGGGGUGUCAAGUCGAGACGGUGGGAAAUCAAAUUGCCAAUCUCACAGACGAGGGCGGCUUGGCCAUGAUGACGAGAGAGGUGAUUGGUGUGUGGAAGGAGCUUGUUUAGAAGGUGAAGGGGGAUUGGGAGUGUAGGUAGCGUUGCGAGUGGUCACAAUCUUUCGAGGUUUCUGGGUGGUCGAUCUGUCUGUGCACGAUUCUCUGUUGAUUUCUGGUGGGCGUCGCGUUUUGACGCGAGAGAAUUGCUGAGGAAGGAGAGAAGGGGGUGGGGGUCGGGGUGGUAGUGGCGUCUAGAAGUACUUGUGGUUCACCUGACGUCGACGACAGCUAUGGCGUCAGCUAUGGGGAGCCCUCCAAGUAGAAGAGGACACUAUUGGGUGCUGUUCGGUGCUCUGAUUGCCUUUGUCGUCGUUAUCCUUGCAGUACAAGUGGAAGCCGUUCGCGUCCGCAGCGCUGCCGUCGGGAUCUGGUCGGACUGGGCGGGCCCUGGCAGUCCUCUCAAGAGGGGAGUCGUAUCGUAUAACAGAUUCGGGAGAAGCUUGAGAGAGGGGGAGGAAGAGGAGAAGUGGGACGCCGGCGGUGAGGAGGAGAAGAGUGCAGGAAAGAAGGAGAACCUGGAGAAGCGUUCUGAGGAGGAGGAGGAAGAAGAAUGGGGCGACGUCGGCUGCGAGGAGGAGAAGAGGGGAGGGAAGAAAUGGGAACCUCGUGAGGUGGAGGAGGAGGAGUGGGGGGAAGUUAGCUGCGAAAAGGAGAAAAGGGAAGGAAAGGAGGAACCUCGUGAGGAGCGGGAGGAGGAGGAGGCAGCCGCCAAGGAGGAGAAGAGGGGAGAUACGGAGAUACCGCGGAGGGAGGAGGAGGAGGCAGGCAGCGAGGAGAGGAAGAGGGGAGAGAAGGAGAAACCCAAGGGGGAGGAGGAGGGGGAGGGGACGGGCUCAGAGUCCGAGAAGAAGGGAGAGCAUACAAAGAAACGGGAGGAAGAGGAGGAGAAGAUACGAAAAGAGAGGAAGAAACACAGGGAGGAGGAAGAAGAGGAGGGCGUGUCCGAGGAGGGAAAAGAAAAGAAGACAAAGAGAUCACAUCACGCUUUCAGUGUUGGAAAAGCUCGUGUUGUCGUCGAUACCGAGGGCGGGUCUCUUAAGACAUGGCCUGUUGACGUCACAGAGACGCUGCCGAAGAAGAAAUGGGGCCUGGGGCUUCUUAGUCUCCAUCCGCAGGCGAUGAAUGUGCCCUUGUAUACCGAUGCAGAUAUCGUUUUCUUCGUUCUGGAAGGCAGUGGGCAGAUCGAGUUUGAUAUGUUUGGGAAACAUUACGUCAGGGACCUUGAUGAGAGCGACGUGUAUGCUGUGCCAGCUGGACAUAUGUUCUUCUUCGUCAAUCCGAGUAGCUUAGGAGUUUUGAGAUUGUUCGGCAUGGCCAGUACUGUGGCGCAAAAUUUUGGCGGGAAAUUUGAGGUGUUUCCGGUUGGAGGAGGGGAUGAUCCACGGACUGUACUUGGUGGAUUUGAUAGGGACCUGAUGAGGAGAGCAUUUAAUCUGAAGCACGAAGAGUUGGAAAGUCUACUCACCUCGCAAUCUCGAGGUUGGAUCGUCCCGCUGUUGCGUGUUUCUCCUGAUCAGCUCACAGUCUCAAAUGAGCAAGACAAGGAGGUAGGGAAGUGGAACGGGGAGGAUGCACCCUCCGAGGCAAUUUCUGGUGAGUCUGGUGAAGACAAUGCCAUGGCAAGGAGGCAUUCGGUUGGAGUAAGAAGUACUGGGAUGUGGAAUCUCCUGAGGUAUGGAUCAGUGCAAGGGCCUGCUCUAUAUGAGAAGGUAGUGGGGCCCUUCCUUCGCAGUGUCGGGCUUGAAAGUGCGGGUGCCACUGCAGGAAAGCGAGGAGAAUGCGAAGGGGGCGCGGAGGGAGAAUUGAACACUUCCCUCAGUGUUGAGCGACAUCAGAUAAGCAAAAAUAGAGCAGGCAACAGCUCGCCAAGCUUCGAUCGGGGACAGGAGGAACUGCAGCUGGCUUCCAUUGAUGUUGAUGUUGAGAAGUGGUGGUUGUCGAAUCCGUACAAUGUGUACAAGAGUACGAAAGACUUUUCUAGCCCACAUGGAUCAUCAACCAUUGUUGACCGGGUGAAGCUCUCAUUCCUCAAGCAUGUCGACAUGGGAGUAUUCUUUGUUCAGCUAAUUAAGGGAGCAAUGUUGUUACCGCAUUGGAACCCGCAUGGGACAGAAAUUGCAAUGGUGACGGCUGGGCGGGGGAUGGUACAAGUGACUUUUCCAAAUGGGACACUGGCCAUGAAGAAAAAUGUGCAGGAGGGUGACAUAUUUGUCGUGCCGCGGUUCCAUCCCAUGGUUCAAGUGGCGGCGCAGGAUGAAUGUUUCCAUUUUGUGGGAUUCACCACCACCUCGCAGCAAAUUCAUCCUUAUUUCCUGGCGGGCUCAUCAUCGGUCCUUCAUGAUGUCGACGCACGACUGUUGGCUGCGGCAUUUGGAAUAUCAGAGAGUAAGGCAAGCAGGCUCGAGGAUGCGCAACAGGAUGCAAUCAUCAUACCAAAAACAAAUACCAGUGAAGUGUCUCGAACGGAGUAGGGAUACUGUGAUGCCCGUCUCUCCUGAAGUGCUUGGCACACAUAUAGGGGAUUGGAUGUGCAAAUCGAAGUUAGCAGCCUGCACUAUGGUUAGCACGCGCCCCACAAAUGGGCUAGGUAAAGCUGUGCCCUUAUUGUGGAAUGAGGCUGAAGAAUGCCAUGAUUGUACUAUGGACGAUGUGGCAUGUGCUAUGAAGUUAGAUGUGGUAGGGAGAACUCUGCGAUGAACAUACUAAGUACCCGGAUGUACCCCGGGCAUAGUAGGCAGAACUCUGUUGUAUGUACUAUGUACUAUGCACCAGGUGAAGUAGGAAGAACUCUGCCAUGAAUGUACUAUGUGCAAGGUGCCGUAGGUGGAACUAUGCCAUGAUUGUAGUACGGGGUGGAUGCUCUGCCAUGAAUGUACUGUGUGAAACCAAAGCUACUUGUUUGAGUACAAGGUGCCGUAGGUGGAGUACUGGGUGGAACUAUGCCAUGCCAUGAUGUGCCGUCCCAUGCCCCGGAGGUACUAUUAGGUGCCGUAGGUGGAACCAUGCCAAGAAGUCACUAUGUAGUGUGCAGAAUCCCAUGAAGUAGGAAGAACUCUGCCAUAGUGUGUAGAAUCCCAUGAAGUAGGAAGAACUCUGCCAUGAAUGUACUGUGUGAGACCAAAGCUACUUGUGUGAGUACAAGGUGCCGUAGGCGGAACUAUGCCAUGAAUGUAGUACUGGGUGGAACUAUGCCAUGCCAUGCUGUGCCGUCCCAUGCCCUGGAGGUACUAUUAGGUGCCGUAGGUGGAACCAUGCCAAGAAGUCACUAUGUAGUGUGUAGAACUUCAACAUGUGUGGAAGUUCCGUGGAACUAUGUACUAUGCCAUGAAUGUACUAUGUAGUUUGUAAAACUUUCCCGUGUGUGGAAGCUCUGUGGAACUGUGUACUUGGUACGCGGUGGAACUAUGUACUAUGCCAUGAAUGUAGUAUGUAUGCACUAUACCAUGAAUGUACGUAUGUAGUGUGUAGAAUUUUGCGAUGUGUGGAACUGUGUACCUAGUAGGGGGUGGAAAUAUGCCAUGAAUGUAGUAUGUAGUGUGUAGAAUUUUGCCGCGCAGCGGGUGGAACUGUGUAUGUAGUAUGAGGACUUUGCCAUGGGUGGAGCUAUGUAGUACUAGGUGGAACUAUGCCCUGAAUGUACUAUGUAGAAGUUUGCCAUGGGUAUAUACUAUGUGAAACCAUCGGGUGGAACUGUGUACUUAGUACUAGGUCGAACUAUGCCCUGAAUGUACUAUGUAGAACUUUGCCAUGGGUGUGUACUAUGUGAAAGUGUCCCACAGGUGGACCAGGUAAAACCACACACAAUUGGAUGGACCCAGCAGGUGAGGCCUGGAAGAGCUCAGCAGGGAGUAAGACUGUGUUGGAAAGUCUUAGAAGGGUUUUGGAAAGUCUUAGAAGGGCUUGUUAGGAAUUCUGAGGGUUGUGAGCAUUUGUAGGACCUCUGUGGCAGCCUACUGGAUGAGUAGUUCCUUAAUAGGCCAUUAGAUAUUCACAGACGGAUCUCAGCGGAAGCCGG